CUCUCUCUCUCUCACUCACUCACAGACUCUCUCUCUCACACUCUCACUCUCUCGCUGACUGUAUACAGGCAGAUCCACCGCAGUGCCGAGGACGGAGUGAGUUAAAGAGGGGUGAGGGAUCUAGAAGGCGGGUAUAGGGGGACGUGAGGGAACACACACACCACCAGAGAAAGAGAGAGAGCGAAAGAGCAAGCAAAAGACUGCAAAAUCCACCGAGUCUCCCUUCCUUCUGUGAGUUUUCUCGGUCGCUGGUGAGCCGCACGACUCGGAGCGUCUCCGUGGCAGGAUGAGUUCAUGUAGCAGCCGGGCUCUGACCAUCCUGUCCACGGUGUUCGGGGCGUGUGGGCUCCUGCUUGUGGGCGUGGCCGUGUCCACUGACUACUGGCUGAUCAUGGUGGAGGGCGUCAUCCUACAGCAGAACCAGAGCAUGGAGGUGAAGAUGGCCCUGCACUCGGGCCUCUGGAGGGUCUGCUUCGUGGCAGGAGCGGAGAACGGCCGGUGUGUGGCCUCUGAGUACUUCACCGAGCCAGAGAUAGAAAUUACCACUGAGAAUACUGCAAAUAUACUCAAGAUGGUCCGCACAGCCACGCCCUUCCCCAUGGUGUCCCUGCUGUUCGUCUUCACGGCGUUCGUCAUCAGUAACAUCGGACACAUCCGGCCCCAGCGCACCAUCCUGGCCUUCGUCUCCGGGAUCUUCUUCAUCCUCUCCGGCCUCAGCCUGGUGGUGGGUCUUGUGCUCUACAUCUCCAGCAUCAACGACGAGGUGAUGAACCGCCCGCGGGAGCCCGAGCAGUUCUUCCACUACCACUAUGGCUGGUCCUUCGCCUUCGCCGCCUCCUCCUUCCUCCUCAAGGAGGGGGCCGGGGUCAUGUCCGUCUACCUGUUCAUGAAGCGCUACGCCGAGGAGGAGAUGUACCGCCCCCACCCCGCCCUCUACCGCCCCCGCCUGUCCGACAGCAGCGACUACAGCGGGCAGUUCCUACACCCAGAGUCCUCCUGGCCCCCGCCCAAGAGCAGAGCGCGCAGCGGCUCUGAGGUCUCCAGUGACAUCUCCAUCCAGCUCAACCAGGCUCAUGGUCACGGCGGUGGAGGAGGAGGUCACGGCGGUGGUGGUGGGGGGCAGAACUCUGGAUCUUCCUCCUACCAGAUGCCGUCCCACGCCACCCACAGCCUGCCCCGCUCGCACUCCUCCCACCCCCCCGCCCAGCCCCUCCCCAUGGCCAGGCCCCCCUCCCCCGUGCCACCCCCCCACUACCACGCACACAUGCACAUGAGCGCCUCCCCAUGUUAGGGGGGAGAAGCACACUCCCUCUCCCACCCCCUCCCCCUCGCCAUGGACACGUUUGGAAUAAGUGCAAGAGGAGGUGGAGUACCGAGGUGGAGGUGGGGUGGUGGACUAUGUGGGGGGGGGGGGCUGGAGGGGGUGGAGGGGAUGGAGGGGAUGGAGGAGGUGACAGAGGUUGUGAUGGUGGAGGAGAAUGUGGAAUGUUACGUUUAAACAGUACCAACUAGACAGGGGGGAAGAAUGAGAAGGCAAUGAGUGGCUGUGUUAGGGAGGGCCAAGAAAGUAAAGAAAGGAUCAGAGGAAGUUAGGGAAUUCAUUAUUAGAAAUAAGGGGAAGAAACUGCAGAGUUAGGUGGUGAGAAAGAGGGAAAGAGAGUUUGUGUGUAUAUCUGAGUUUGUGUGUGUGUAUGUGUGUGUGUGUGUGUGCGUCUGUGAGCGUGUGUGUGUGUUUGAAUGUGUGUGAGUGCAUGUGUGUAUGCAUGCAUGUGUGUGCAUGCUUGUGUGCGUGAGUGUGUGCGUGCGUGGGUGUGCAUCUGUGUGUGUGUGUCUGUGUGUGAGUUUGUUUUGGACAGAAAGAUGCAGUGCGACAGCGGGAACGGGGGGCGGCAGUGUUAUUCACUGCAGUGCUGCAGAGGAGAAAAGGGAAGCAUUGGUAUGCACUCUGAAAUGUACGCUGUGAAACACUGUCUCAAAGUGAGAGCAGGGACUGGAUUAUGCACAUAGUUUUAUACGUUCCGCAAUUCAACAUGGUCCAUGAAAAAAGACACACUACCCUACAACCUACAAAGAGUGGUGUGCUCCGAUACAUGACCCAAUCCCACCGUCUUUCUUACAUCACCAGUACAAUUUCAUACUUCAUAACAAUUGUUAUAAGUGAUAGAAGAAUCAUUUCAGAUUAAAUAGAGUUAUGAUAAAUAUAAGAAUUAUAUCUGUGAAUUUCAUCAUAAUUUAUAUAUAUACAGUGUAUAUGUAUAUAUAUGUACAGUGUAUAUGUAUGCGUAUAUAUGCAUAUAUAUAUAUUUAUAUAUAUAUGUAUUUAUAUUUAUAUUGGAGGAACUGUGUAUGUAAUAUCAUAUGGAGAAUACAACUUUAUCUCUUACAUAUUUGUUAGGGCAAAUUAUUUCUACCUUGUUGUACAUAGUAUUGCGUUUGGAUUUGUUUGGGGUAUUGAUGUUAAAAUCAACUUAUGAAUGAAGCUUUGGCACAAAUUGACUCGGUCAGAUCAUGGAUUACCUGGUCCGACCCAUUCUGCUUUCGAUUAAAACUCUGCGGCAAGCAUUCCCUCCACCCCACUAAACUCCCCCCUACUCUGGGUGGACAGCCAUAACUGACUGAUCAUUGAACAAGUUUAAAUAUACAGUAAACUAUACUAACGCAUAAUGAUUUAGGAAUUUACCGCCCUUUAGUGGCCACCGACCUGUAGAUCUCUCAUCCAUGGGUCUGCCAUGUUUGAUACCUUGUCAUGCUCCAUUUUCUCCUCACUCACCUGCAGCAUGUGCAAACCGCUGGUGCGACACCAAUGACUUGGAUGGGUGCCUCCGACUCUCCAGGGGGAUCGGUAAUUUUCAGUGAAAGGAAAAAAAGCUAACAAAAACAAAAACAAACAGAGCUAGUCAUUUGUAGAAUGUCAUUUUAAUGGAUUCACUAGAGAGAUUGUUGUGGGACAUUUUUAAAUUACGCUUAUCUGAUUUUGUACUUAUGUUGAAAUCUUAUAUGAUCAAGAUAUAUUAUGAAUCUGUAGUUACUGAUUAAAAUACUGUAAUAUUUUUGGUUCUUUUUUCUUUUUUUUCAGUUUAGAAAAUGGGUCAAAAUGGUUGUUACCCUUUUUAAUUGCGAUUGGUGGAUAAUAACAUAUAUUGCACCUAUAUGCCCUUUAAAAUUGAUUAUUUCUGAAGGUAUUUCUGAACUAGCCUUGCUAUUGUAUUAUUUGUAUGCAUAUAUUGCAGCAGAACCAUAUUAGUAUAUAAACAACUGGAAAUAAACAGAAAUCCUCAAGCAAUAUCAUAUAUUAGGAGAUAACAUUUUCAUGCAUAAUAAAUUUAAGACAAUUUGAUUUCCAGAAACCAGUUGGUGGUAUAUCAGUAAAUCUCAUUGAAGAUAGUAGUGUGACUGUGAUGCAUAUGACUUUAUUCUAUUUUCAAGAUGACAUUGAAGAAGGCAAUGAACUCAGAAUCCACCCCAAAUACAAAAUGUAUGUGGUUCCUGAAUACUCAUUAGUAAGAAAUGUAUCUCAAUCUGUUAUAAAUUACUAAUAAGACAAUUAGAUAAGGAUUCAUAAGACUAGUAGUGAUAAACAAAUUAUCUAAAACAAUUAUAAUGCUUUAUUAACACUUAAUAGAGCUUCUGUUCAUGAUUAGUUCAAAUAGUUAGAAAGCAUUAGUUAGGUAUUUUGUGUGAGCUUAUCUAAAGUUAGCACAAUCUUUGCCUUACUAAGCAUUUACAAAAAACGUACAGUAUAAAGGCUGGAAACGCCUCCAGUACCAUUGGAACAUUAACCGUCCAUU